AUGUUUACACCACCGACUGAUCCGAAGAAAUCCGUCAAGGUAAAGGUCUCACAGCUCUGUGAACUAUGCCAUGCGAGAAAGGCAGUGAUGAAAAGACCGAAGAAUUUACAACGGAUCUGUAAAGAGUGUUUCUUCUCUGUAUUCGAGACAGAAAUACAUAACACCAUUGUAUCAAACAACCUUUUUCACCGAGGCGAACGUAUUGCAGUCGGUGCUUCUGGAGGUAAAGAUUCCACGGUCUUAGCAUACGUUUUAAAGCUUUUGAAUGAUCGCCAUGAUUAUGGAGUUGAGAUUGUUCUUUUGAGUAUUGAUGAGGGUAUUGUCGGAUAUAGAGACGAUUCGUUAGCUACAGUGAAGAGAAAUCAAGUACAGUAUGACCUUCCGUUGGAAAUAGUAUCUUAUAAAGAUUUGUACAAUUGGACAAUGGAUGAGAUCGUAGCAUGCGCUGGCAUAAGAAACAGUUGUACCUAUUGCGGAGUCUUCAGGCGACAAGCUCUAGACAGAGGAGCUGCCAAGCUAGGAAUCAAACAUGUAGUUACUGGUCAUAAUGCGGAUGAUAUGGCGGAAACCGUCUUGAUGAACAUUUUACGUGGUGAUGUUGCCAGGCUGGAAAAAUCAACAUCCAUUCUUACUCAGAGUAGUGGGUCACCGAUCAAGAGGUCGAAGCCGUUCAAGUAUUCAUACCAAAAGGAAAUUGUCUUGUAUGCCCACUAUAAGAAAUUAGACUACUUUUCAACCGAGUGUUCUUAUGCCCCGGAAGCGUUUAGAGGUACCGCUAGAGAACUCAUGAAGAACCUGGAAGCAAUCAGACCAAGUUGCAUUAUCGACAUCAUUCACAGCGGAGAAAGCUUGAAGCUAAAACCAAAGCGCGCUAAGAAGGCACCACCACCAAGUCACAUGGAAAUACGGCCCGAUGGCUCAGUGUCAUUACAAAAUGAGUUUAUCGAUGGAAACAGAUGCGAAAGAUGCGGAUAUCUUUCCAGUAAUAAGAUAUGUAAAGCGUGCAUGCUUUUAGAGGGAUUGGAACAAAACAGAGCUAAGAUCCAACUUGAAAAAGAUUCAACUACUGAGGGAGCUGCAAAACUAUCAAGAACUCUUGAGAAAUUACAGUUCUGA